UUUCUGAUCAUGUCUGUUUUUUUCUUUGCCCCUGAAUCCAGAUCUCUGUCUUUUUUGGUUUUAAGUCUUUGCCUUAUGAUAGUCCUAUGUCUUUCAGGAACUUCUGUUUUUCACACAUGUAGCUAUUUUGUAUAUUUGAAGAUAUUAUAUUAUUCUGAUCAGGAUAUUUGCUGGAUACAAUAAAGCUAUCAGAAUUUUUGAGGUUCAUCGCCCAGGGAGAGAUUUUGAAAAACACUCGACUGUUUUAGGAAACAAAGAAGGCCAAUCAGACUUUCAGCCCCUUGGUCCCUAGAUGGGUGGGGAAAACCAAAAUUGCGAAGUGAAUAAGCAAGAUGAUAGUAAAACAUCUUGAUCUGACAUUGACAAAAGAGGAUUUGCAGGAUGUUGUUGACCUAAUGGAACCAUAUGGUCAAAUAAACAAUGGAAUAGAACUGCUAAGUCCACCUCUUGAUUGGACUAGGGAGACAAAAUUUCCCCAUACAGUCUGGGCUGUUGGCCGUGGUCUCAUAGCUCUUCUGUUACCAAACUUUGAUGUUGUUGAUAACCUUUGGCUUGAACCUUCUUCUUGGGAGGGAUGUUACUUUCAGAAAGGGAGGAAGAUCAAGAUGGAGAUGAGCGCGAAGGAAGCCUUUGAGAGGUCGAUGAGGACUUUGUCGGAGUGGAUAAGCCAGGAAGUGAAUCGAAAUAUGUAAUGAUCUUAGAUACUUGAUACUUGGUUCAUUCGGAUGAUAAUGUACGAAUAUUUUGGAUAAUAUAUAAUAUUGUUAUUGUUGAUUUUA